UUUUGUGGGCCUAACCCUUUGACACAUUACCUAGAAUUCCUGUCGCCGCACAUGCGUUUUGACUUCUGGGAAAGGGCUUAUUGCAAGGAUGUUUCUUUCAUAAAAAAACGAUUUCAUUAUAAUAACAGACCCUACCGUUUGUGAUGAGGCAGCAAAACUUUCCAUAUACUAACUUAGUAAUACUAAGCGUUACUUGUAAGUGAAUUGUGUCAACAAUUCAACAGUUUCCUUCCUAAAUUCAUUUUUGUUCCUUACAGUGUGAGAGACCUACUCAACAUGGCGACCUUAUCUGCAUCUAAUCUGGAAAUAGAAAAGGGAAGUAAUGGACGUCGGAAUGAUCUUCCGCGUACACACAAGUGUGACGAGUGCGACAAGGAGUUUCCCCGACUGAUUGAAUUGAAGAGACACGUGCGGACUCACACUGGCGAAAAGCCUUUUAGGUGCGGGGACUGCGGUAAACAGUUUGGUGACCUGAGUAAUCUGAGGAGGCAUAUGAGGACUCACACCUGUGAGAAACCUUACAAAUGUGAGGAGUGCGGCAGACAGUUCAGUGAGCUGGAUACUCUGAGUCACAUGCGGACUCACACUGGCGAGAAGCCGUAUAAGUGCAAAGAAUGCGGCAAACAGUUUAGUGAGCUGACUAGUCUAAAGAGGCACAUGCGGACUCAUACCGGUGAGAAGCCGUAUAGGUGCGAUGAAUGUAGCGAACAGUUUAGCAUGCUUGGUAAUCUGAAGAGGCACAUACGAACUCACACUGGUGAAAAACCUUACAAAUGUGAGGAGUGCGGCAGACAGUUCAGUAAGCUGGAUAAUCUGAAGAGUCAUAUGCGGAUUCAUACCGGAGAGAAGCCAUAUAAGUGCAAAGAAUGCGGCAAACAAUUUAGUGAGCUAACUAGUCUGAAGAGGCACACACGGACCCAUACCGGUGAGAAGCCCUAUAGGUGCGAUGAAUGCAGCAAACAGUUUGGUCAGCAAGGUAAUCUGAAAAGGCAUAUGAGGACUCACACCUGAGAAAAACCGUACAGAUGUGAGGAAUGCUUCUGGCAGUUCUCUGUGCUUGGUAAUUUGAAAACCCACAUGCGGACUCACACCGACGAGAAACCUUACAAGUCUUAGGGGUGCAGCAGUCAGUUCAGUAUCUCGAGUCACGUGCACAUGAAGAGCCAUAUGUUGACUCAUAUCGAUGAGAAAAACUAACGAUGUAAAGAAUGUCGUAGGAGCUUCUGGACCUCAAGUGAUCUACACAGACAAAUGCGAACUCACAGCGAUGGACGUUUGCAGGUAACGAUGUGAUGGCCACAGGCUUCUGUUAACCAAUGUGAAGACUAAAACUUUAAUUUGCUGUUCUGUUGAAGUUUAGGAAUUGUGAUGAUUUUAUCAUAGGAAAUAUUUCAGUCAAAUUGAAUACGAGAUUGGAAAAGAAGUUUUGUGACAUUUCUCAGUUUUUAAUUUAGUUAGGACUUAGCGCUUACGAUGUUGCACUCCCCUUGUUUGUAUUGUUACAGUAUAAAACUUGCAAGUAACUUUUUGGGAACUCCACACCUCUACUUUUAGACAGGAUGAUGAUGUAUAAUGGUGAUGAUGGUUCGAUAGUUUGCACAAGACUUUAUGUAAUA